AAUAUAAAAACUGCACAAAUAUAAGAUCAACGGGUAUUUAAACUUAUUCUUUAUUUCAUACUACAACCAACCAAGAUGAAGACACAAAAUGAGCAAUGAUAAAAUGAACAAACAUGAUCAUACUAUUCAAUUAGCACUGAAAUUUCAUGCCACAAUGUUUCACACUACAGCCCAUAAGACAGAAAUGGACUUGGUGAGCCCACAAAACAAGAAGGCCGAACAAACGGGCCAGGCCCAAGUUCAAAGACAGGCAUUUCCUUGACCAACACUAAGUUAUAAAAUCUCUGCUCUCUCUUACGCGCGUCGUUCUGAGCAUUUUUGCAACUUCUGCAACGAACCCUAGUUCUGUGUUAUUUGCAAUCAAUGGCUGGGGAAACCGAGAACACCCUCUCUUGUGCUAACUGUAGCAAACCUGCAAAUCUUCAGUGUCCGAAAUGUAUGGAGUUGAAGCUUCCCCGUGAAGGUUCUGCCUUCUGCUCUCAGGAAUGUUUCAAGUCUUCAUGGAGCUCGCACAAAUCAGUGCAUCUGAAGGCAAAACUAUCCUCACCUGGUGCACAAAAUUCAGAUUCACUUGGUGAAGGUUGGUUGUAUUGUUUGAAGAGAGGGCAGGGUCGAACUCCAAAAUUUCCUCACUUUGAUUGGACUGGACCACUGCGGCCAUAUCCUAUUUCUAGCCAAAGAAUUGUCCCAGAUCAUGUUGAUAAACCUGAUUGGGCUGUUGAUGGAAUUCCCAAAAUUGAGCCCUAUAGUGCUCUGCAACAUACUGUUGAGGUCAAAACUCCAGAUCAAAUUGAGAGAAUGAGGGAAACUUGUCGGAUUGCAAGGGAGGUGUUGGAUGCAGCUGCUCGGAUUAUUCAGCCUGGUGUGACAACUGAUGAAAUUGACCGAGUUGUUCAUGAGGCAACUAUUGCUGCAGGAGGAUAUCCAUCGCCACUUAAUUACCAUUUCUUCCCUAAAUCUUGCUGCACGUCAGUUAAUGAAGUAAUCUGCCAUGGAAUUCCUGAUGCAAGGAAGCUUGAGGAUGGUGACAUUGUAAAUGUUGAUGUCACUGUAUACUAUAAAGGUGUUCAUGGUGAUCUCAAUGAAACAUACUUUGUGGGAAAUGUUGAUGAAGAGUCUGGCAAACUAGUAAAAUGCACAUAUGAGUGCCUGGAGAAGGCAAUAUCCAUUGUUAAACCUGGGGUACGAUUCCGUGAAAUUGGUGAAGUUAUUAAUCGCCAUGCAUCAAUGUCUGGCUUCUCAGUGGUAAAAUCAUAUUGUGGUCAUGGAAUUGGUGAGCUCUUCCAUUGUGCACCAAACAUUCCUCAUUAUGCAAGAAAUAAAGCAGUUGGUGUGAUGAAGGCUGGGCAGACCUUUACAAUUGAACCAAUGAUCAACGCAGGUGUCUGGCGUGAUCGAAUGUGGCCUGAUGGAUGGACUGCUGUUACAGCAGAUGGUAAAAGAAGUGCUCAAUUUGAGCACACUCUUUUGGUGACAGAGACUGGUGUUGAAGUUUUAACAGGGCGGUUGCAAACAUCACCCAAUGUUUUCCCUUGGCUAAAUUCAUAAAUAGGGAGAAUCAUGGAGACUCAUUCUGAAUACCAUACAACUAAUAGACAACAUUUCUUUGGCUUACUUUUCUGGUUGCCUCUUUUUUGGGAUCAUGUUUGUAAGAUACACAAAAAUGAAAAAUUCAAUCGAGUUUAGGUGAAAAGUAUGAUUUGUGAUAUGUUUGUGUAAUUCAAGGUGAUUUAAUAUUUUUGUUAUGCAUUCUUUUUAUACAUUUGUUGUUUAAGUCAAUUUGUUAGACAAGUUUUGAACACCAGGGCUUAACUAUGAUAUUUCUAGGGUUUA